UCAGAUUGUCUACAGUGCAAUUAGACAGGCCUCAUUGAGAAGGUAACGUGAAGGAGCCAUGCAGAAGUUCUGAACAGAGCAUUCCAGCAAGGGGUGGUGAUGGCUCAGAUGGAACAUGUCUGAGGAUAGUGAGCAAAGAGAAGACUAGUGGAACUUGGAGAACUUUGGUGACUGUCAGGUCUCCCCUUGGACUUUGUACAGCUAUGAAACCUACAUAGUGGGGUGCCACGAUGCUUCUCCUGUUGGCCAUAUGAGGAUGAGGAGAAGUUGGCUUUGGAGUGCUGGGAUCCUGAGCGAUUGCUAAGCACUCGGUGCGCCCAGCCUACCUUCUGGAGAGCCCACAACACAAUGAACAAACUGACCUUCCAUAACAACAGAGUCAUGCAGGACCGCCGCAGUGUUUGCAUUUUCCUUCCCAAUGAUGAGUCCCUGAACAUCAUCAUAAAUGUUAAAAUUCUGUGUCAUCAGUUGCUGGUCCAGGUGUGUGAUCUGCUCAGGUUAAAGGAUUGUCACCUGUUUGGUCUCAGUGUUAUACAAAAUAAUGAACACGUAUAUAUGGAGUUGUCACAAAAGCUUUAUAAGUAUUGUCCAAAAGAAUGGAAAAAAGAGGCCAGCAAGGUACGACAAUACGAAGUCACUUGGGGUAUUGACCAGUUUGGGCCUCCCAUGAUCAUCCAUUUCCGGGUGCAGUACUAUGUGGAGAAUGGAAAACUAAUCAGUGACCGAGUUGCAAGAUACUAUUAUUACUGGCACCUGAAGAAACAAGUCCUGCACUCUCAGUGCGUGCUCAGAGAGGAGGCCUACUUCCUGCUGGCCGCCUUUGCACUGCAGGCUGAUCUUGGGAACUUCAAAAGGAACAAGCACCGUGGAAAGUACUUUGAGCCAGAGGCUUACUUCCCAGCAUGGGUUGUUUCCAAGAGGGGGAAGGAGUACAUCCUGAAGCACAUUCCAAACAUGCACAAAGACCAGUUUGCACUGACGGCCUCCGAGGCGCAUCUGAAAUACAUCAAAGAGGCAGUUCGACUGGAUGACGUUGCCAUCCAUUACUACAGGCUAUACAAGGAUAAAAGGGAAGUUGAAGCUUCACUGACUCUGGGAUUGACCAUGCGGGGAAUACAGAUUUUUCAGAAUCUAGAAGAAGAGAAACAAUUGCUGUAUGAUUUCCCCUGGACAAAUGUUGGGAAGUUGGUGUUUGUGGGCAAGAAGUUUGAGAUUUUGCCCGAUGGCCUUCCCUCUGCCAGGAAGCUGGUCUAUUACACAGGGUGUCCCACACGCUCCCGGCAUCUCCUGCAGCUGUUGAGCAAUAGCCACCGCCUGUACAUGAACCUGCAGCCGGUCCUGCGCCACCUCCGCAAGCUGGAGGAGAACGAAGAGAAAAAGCAGUACCGGGAAUCCUACAUCAGCGACAACCUGGACCUUGACAUGGACCAGCUGGAAAAGCGAUCCCGUGCCAGCGGAAGCAGCGCCGGCAGCGUGAAGCAUAAGCGCUUAUCCCGCCACUCCACGGCCAGCCACAGCAGCUCCCACACCUCGGGCAUCGAAGCCGACACUAAGCCCCGGGACCCAGGGCCAGAAGACAGCUGUUCAGGCAGCGCCAUGCACCGCAAGCUGAAGACCUGCAGCUCCAUGACUAGCCAUGGCAGCUCCCACACCUCAGGGGUGGAGAGCGGCGGCAAAGAGCGCCUGGAAGAGGACUCUCAGGAUGAUGGUAACUUCCGUUGCUGCAGCUUUUCCCACGUUGGUCCAGUAGAGUUAGAAUCUGAAAUAGAGAUGCUGGUUGAUGACCCCACGGACCUGGAGCCCAUGACAGAGGAAGUCAGCCCUGACGUGUGCAUCUACAUCACAGAGGACAUGCUCCUGUCAAGGAAGCUGAAUGGACACUCCGGGUUAAUUGUGAAAGAAAUCAGUUCUUCCACCUCCAGCUCUUCAGAAACGGUUGUUAAGCUUCGUGGACAGAGCACCGACUCUCUUCCACAGACAAUAUGCCGAAAACCAAAGACUUCCACCGAUCGACAUAGCCUGAGCCUUGACGACAUCAGACUGUACCAGAAAGACUUCCUGCGCAUCGCAGGCCUGUGUCAGGACACUGCUCAGAGUUACACUUUCGGGUGUGGACAUGAACUGGAUGAGGAUGGCCUCUACUGCAAUAGCUGCUUGGCUCAGCAGUGCGUCAACAUCCAAGAUGCUUUCCCGGUUAAAAGAACCAGCAAAUACUUUUCUCUGGACCUCACUCAUGAUGAGGUCCCAGAGUUCGUUGUGUAAGUUCCACCUGCGGGCAGCCCUGCGGGCAGUCGCUGUCUGCUGGAGGCUGUGGAGUCCGAGGUUCUUUACAUAUUAUUUGUGCCAUAUUUUUUCACCCCAAACUUAGCUCUUUCUUUAUAAUAUCCAUGAUGGAAACAAAAGCCUUGGGACAAUGCACUUUAAGUAUUAUGCAGAGGUAAAAGAUACACAGAAUGUAAAAAGACAAGUGCGCCCGGAUGUUUAUUGACCCUUCGGGAAGAAGUGUGCUUUAUAGUUUACCCAGCUUCCAGACUGUUAGGUUGUGGUGUGUGUGUGUGUUCAUCUCUUGUUUUCUAGCUCAAAUACAUGUUUAUCACGUGGAAGAUGUCAGGCAUAUCUGUUUGCUUGUGAAUUUUUUUUCUAGCCACUCCCUCAUGGAGUGCUUGCGGUUUGAGGGAGGACAGAGGGAAGUUCUCGCUUCUUUUACUGAGAGCCGUUCUUAGUCCGUAGCCAUUGCUGCCCCAUAGAGGUUGGCCCAAAAUGAACUCUGAUGGUGGAAGUCUAUGGUUCUAGCCAAAGAUGUGUAUGUAACGGAAGUGCAACUCAGAGCCCAGAAGACGUGUGCUGGGACUCCUUUACACCCUGACAGUGCCACGCCCACUGCUCUGUUCUUCCAGGAAGCUCUAGGGUUCACCUGUGUUCAUGACAUGGUGCAUUUUGUGGAGUUUACAAAGCUGAUAUAUGUUAAAAACAAUGGAAAUGUCUUAGAAAAAGUUUGUUUGGUGGUAUUUUCUUUGUUGUGUUUUUAAUGAUGGCAAACAAAUGGCAAUGCUAGUUUCUGCUUUAAAAAGAUACCCUAACUGUAUGUAUAUGUUAUACAUACAUAGUUACAUGGGACUAUAUGUGUUUAUAUGUGUUUAAAGCUGACUCUUCAUUUGGACUUCCAUGUAUGCCUUGCACAGAUAGAAUUCCUUGUUGAAUGUUGAGGAUACGUUACAGAAAGAAUGGUAGCCACAGACAAUCAGUUGAUAAAUGUAGAGUUAAGAGUGACUUUCCUUGUGUGCCUUUGGCCAAGAUUCUCAACCCUGAUUGCAUAAGACUUAUCUGGGGAGCUUUUCAAACAAGCCUGGGUCCAACCCCGGGCCAACUUAAAUCAGUCUCUUGUGGGUAGGGCCCAGGUAAAAUUGUCUUUUCUUGUAAAGUUAACCAGGUAGAAGUAGUGCACAGUAGAAUUGGAGCCCACUGAUCCAAGAGUGUCUUUUUAUUAGUUUUGAAAUAGAAGUCUGCAGAGGAUAUUAGUGAUUGUGAAUGGGCCAUUUUUAAGACAGUUACUGCCCUGCUGCUGUUACAGUGUCUAAUGAAAGCAACCAGGAGAAUGAGUUUAUCAACUUGAUAUGCAGUGAAAAUGUUGCUCGCACUUCAGGAGAGAACUUCAUAGCACAAUGUCUUUCUAAGGGAUGUUUUUAAUGAUUUAGUAUUUUACAGCAUUUGUUUACCAUAUUUUGAUACUCCAUUUUUGCUAUCUGCCAGGUUUUAUUAAAAAACAAAAACUAUGUAUUAUUUUCUAAAGAAACUCAUAUUUUUGUACAAAAUUAUGUUUUCAAGUAACGAAGAAAUAGAUUUAGGGUACAGCAGAACAUAGGCAGUGUUCCCUGUGGAUGGGAGUCAGUGUUACAGAACUGGCGGCAGCCACAAGCCCGCCCCACCAUGCUGCCCUCCUGUGUGGGCACAGUUUCAACCAGAAUCUCACCCAGUAGCUCUCACCUGACCCUUUACAAAGAAGAAAAAACGUUCUGUGGUCAUGACAUUAUUUUGCUUUUGUGGAAUGCUUUUAGAACAACCAAAGUUUCUGAUACCAGAAUGUAACUCAGUCUCCUUGCGGAAGGAUGAAAGUUGAAGGGAUGACUUAAUGACUUCUUUUGCUUAUGAGUCAUUGCAUAACCUCACCACUUUUUCUUAGAGGCUUAGGGGCCAGACCCUGGUGAAGUUGGCACUCUCAAGAACCCAGAUUGCCAUGUUGUGUGUUUGCACAGCCCUCAGCAUCAUUUGCAAAUACAAAGAUUAAAAAAUUGCUUAAUUGAGCAGGUAUGCUCUAUACUGUUUUCCUCUCUGCUCCAGAAUCCAGUCUCCAGGGUUCUGCCAGUGGCAUUGCUUUUCAUCACUCUCCUUCGGCUGGAAUUUGGGAAUGAAUAGCCUUACGGAUUUUCAAAGAUGAAACCUGCUAGGGAACAUUUUUAACUCUCCGAUUCAUGGUAGAAUUGUGCAAAGAUAUGUAUGUGAAAAUCCACUUUGAAUAAUUGACAUUUUUGUAUUGGGAAAUCGUUUUUAAAAAUAAAGGAAAAGAAAAGUAUACAGCUGUUAUUUAUGCUGCAUUUGUUAACAUGUCCGUUGCUGGUUAAUACACCGGUUUGGUCUAUGUCACUGCUCCACGUCAUCUGCAUUUGUAUUUGCAACAGUGAGCUUUAUAUCUAAGUAAGCUGUAAAUAAUCCUUUCUGUGAAAGGAUCCUCAUGUUGGGAUGAUACUGAAAUAUGUUUAAAAAAAACUUGCAUUAUUUUGUAAUUAUUUCUUAUAGGUGUUUCAUGGUAAGAUCAGCAGUCAAUAAAGUUAACUUUUUGGCCUUUAA